AGAAGCGCCUGUGAACUCUAAAAAGAGUUCCAGAAUUCAGGUUGAUUCCCGUACUCGAUCAGAGACAAAGGUAUCAAAUAUCCCAGACCCAUCAACUCUCGCUAUCACGCCGAUUGGUGUACAUGGGCCAACUCGAGAUCUUGAAGAUGUGAAGCAGGAGCUAAUGAUCUUGGUGAAACCCUUGAAUCCGUGUCGAGGCGAAACUUUCCAUGGAUUGAUGAAAGCUGCAUGGCCAAAACGCGAUCUUGGUUCAGGUCGUUCCUCAGUGCCGGAAGCGCGGAUGCUCAAUGACAAGUUCGGAACUUUGCGACAUCAUUAUUCUUUUCCAGCAAGUCACUCACAUGGAAUCCCUAUCUCCAACGACAUUUUUCUUCCGACCGAGAUGGAAUUAAAGAAAGGAGUAGCAGAAUUUCAUUGGAACCUUUUUUCUCCGCACCAAAAGCAUAGUUCACCCUUGCUUGAAUAUCGAAGCCUUCGGAUUCACGUUGGGAAACUGAUUGGAACCUCCCUGGUUUCCUCUCCCACCCCGCUCGUGUUAUUUAUAGCCAUCCUCCAUGCAAUGCUAGGUCUGUGGCCGUUUGCUCUGAAGUAG